AUGCGGGGUGUUGCUCUAGACUACGAUAUACAUUCGGACUGUGUUUCUUUCGCCACCAAGAAAGAAGGGGGUGUGAGACCGCUACGGUUGAACCAUUUGCCGUCUAAGAAGAAACGUGAGGACGGUGACCCUGUGCAGAUAAGCGGAUGGAAAGGUUCAAGAAUAGGACAAAUGGCGUCGAUCCCUGGUUGUAAGAGCAUCCAUGAAUAUCCGCGUUUGGCUGGCUUGAGGUUCAGCUUGGCAAAUCUCUUGACUCGUCACCAAAAAAGAUAUUGGAAGUUGGAUUUCAUGGGAGGAGUGGGAAUCAUGGGAGUCGUGGAGUCUCAGAUUGGUGAUUAG